UAGAGCGUAAAUUUCCAGCUGUUUAAUACUGAUAAAGGAGAUUCAUUUCGGUAGACACUUUUCUAGAUUCGAUGGGCAACCAUUCUAUCUUUAAUCGUGGUAAUGAUUGAUGGAACACAUAUUCCUAUUAUGGCACCAGCAGAUGGCAGAUUAGAUUAUGUUAAUCGUAAAGGGUGGACAUCAAUUAUUCUACAAGCAGUUGUAGACCAUGAAUAUCAAAUUAGAGAUAUAUGCUGCAAACAUCCAGGGAGUUGCCAUGAUGCUUUUGUUUUAAAAGAUUCAAACUUAUUUAAAAACGCGGAUAUGCUCAUCCCUACUCAAAUGCGUAGAAUACAAGAAAUUGAUGUACCAUUAAUGAUAUUAGGCGAUCCUGCAUAUCCUCUACUACCCUGGAUUAUGAAAGGUAAAAAGACCAAAUUUUAAUAUAACAAUU